CUCCUCAAAAGAUUGAGCUAUCAUCGAGCCAUUACGACGGGUGUUGGUCAUCCUAUACAAAGUGUGCUAAACUAAUACAUUCUCACCUAAGAAUAGUUCAAAACUAACCUUAGUUGAUAAAGCGCUAAUUAUGAUAACCUAGUAAGUACUAAGUACUGUAGAAUAAACAAUCAGUUCUUCAAUGGAGAGAAGUUCAAAUCUGUUAGACGAAGCUCUUGGAAUUUUGGAUGUGGAUCACAACUCUUAUUCAUCUUCAACGGAAUCACUACCCAGCGCCAGCAGCAGCGGUAAUUGUGUGUUGAUUCAAGAUUGCGUUGAAACUAGCGCCGCCUUUGUAAUUCACCACCUUCUCAAACGUUCUCUUUCUCCUCACCCUCAAUCUUCUUCCGCCGUCAUUUUCGUCUCUCUUGCUCAUCCUUUUUCCCACUAUCAUCGCAUUCUUCGCAAACUUGGUUGUAACUUGGCUGCUCAUCGGGAUGAUGGGAGGUUUUUCUUCGUUGACAUGCUUAUGCUAGGAUGCACAGACCAUGGCAAGGGAAUCUCACAUAGCGGUGAACUAAUAGACUUAUAUGGAAAAAUUCAGAAAAUUGUAGAAGACAUUGCCUUGAAUGGUGUAAUCAAGAAACGUAUUACUAUUAUACUAGAUGAUUUCUCCCUAAUUGAAGUUGCUGCCAAUGGUUCUUUCAGUCAUUGCUUGGAUUUUCUUCAAUAUUGUUACACAUUGACGUCAGAAAAUGGUUGUUCCCUCGUGAUCCUUAAUCAUGAAGAUAACUAUUUUGAAGAGGAAAGUUCGACCCCCAUGUUGCAGAUGGAGUACUUAGCUAACAUAAUAAUUAAAGCUGAACCAUUGGCAACUGGUCUGGCAGCUGAUGUGCAUGGACAGUUGACUGUACUGAACAAAGGAAUCCAUGAAAAAUCUAGGAAUUCAUUGAACAAGGUUCAUAAUUUCCAUUAUAAGGUUAAGGAGAACGGCGUUGAGUGUUUUUAUCCAGGAACACGGGCGUGAAGACAGAGCAUAAGAACAUAACCCCAAAUUGUACCUCUCAGCUCGGUACUGCUUUAUUAUUAAGGUACACUUCUCAGUGAUUUGGAACACCAGAAUGCUGGCAAUAUGGAGCUUUUCAAGUACUUUGUGUUAUCAUCAUCAUGUCUAAUAUAUUAGAGGGGUUUGAAAAAGUGUUUGGGGGAAUGUAAGCUAUGCAACUUUUUAUUUGAUUUAUUUUUUUGUGUAACAUCUCCAAUCAUAAGUGAAUUGAGAUAAAAUUCAAUUGUUGUCAUUUUCAAGUGUACCUUGUCACACAUUAAUAUAUGAUAUUUGUGUUCAUCAUCUAAUAAACAGAUUCAUCAUUGAUCAUGUUA